UGAACUUCAUUUCCCGAUAACGGUGUGAAAAGGGCGGACCGCCGCGCUACUACGGCAACAAAUUAAAGACUCGGUUCAUUGUAGUAGUUCAUAGGAAAUAUUUCCUACGAAGACGGUAUGAUGACGGAAGGAACGUGUUUGCGGAGACGAGGGGGGCCCUAUAAGACGGAGCCUGCUACAGACCUCCAUCGCUGGAGGCUGCAGAAUGAGGAGGGCAGGCAGACCUGGCGCUACCUGGAGGAGCAGGACUCUGCCCGGGAGCAGUCCAUGCUGGAGGCCCACUCUCUGGGCCUGGACACGAGUGGGUUUUUAUCGGACACCCCCCCUGCACACACCGCCCCAGAGGCUGCACUGAAGGGCAUGGAGUUCUACCGCCUCCUGCAGGCCGAGGACGGGCACUGGGCCGGGGAUUACGGAGGACCUCUCUUCCUGCUGCCCGGUCUCCUGAUCACCUGCCAUGUUGCCAGUAUCCCUCUACCUGAGGCCUGGAAGAAGGAGAUGGUUCGCUACCUGCGCUCAGUGCAGCUGCCUGAUGGGGGCUGGGGUCUGCACAUUGAGGACAAGUCUACAGUUUUUGGCACGGCACUGAGCUACACGACACUAAGGAUUCUGGGAGUUGGGCCUGAUGAUCCAGAUAUGGUGCGAGCCAGAAACAACCUGCACGAAAAAGGGGGCGCUGUUGGCAUCCCUUCCUGGGGUAAAUUCUGGUUGGCUGUCCUUAAUGUGUACAGCUGGGAAGGAAUGAACACUCUCCUCCCAGAGAUGUGGUUGUUCCCCACCUGGUUCCCGGCGCACCCCUCCACCCUGUGGUGUCACUGCCGGCAGGUGUACCUGCCCAUGAGCUACUGCUACGCCGUGAGACUCCGAGCUCAGGAGGACCCCAUCGUGCUCAGCCUCAGACAGGAGCUGUACGUCCAGGACUACUCCACCAUCGACUGGCCCGCGCAGAGGAACCACGUGGCCGCCUGCGACUUGUACACGCCCCACAGCACGCUGCUGUCCGUCGCUUACCUGAUAAUGAACGUGUACGAGGCUCACCACAGCACGGGCCUGCGAGGGAGAGCGGUGAAGGAGCUGUACGACCACAUCAAGGCCGACGACCGCUUCACCAAGUGCAUCAGCAUCGGCCCUAUCUCCAAGACCAUUAACAUGCUGGUGCGCUGGCACGUGGAUGGACCCACGUCCCCAGCCUUCCAGGAGCACGUGUCCAGGAUCCCAGACUACCUGUGGCUAGGACUCGAUGGGAUGAAGAUGCAGGGCACCAACGGGUCCCAGCUCUGGGACACAGCGUUUGCUGUCCAGGCCUACCUGGAGCUGCUCACCAGUCUCUCAGGUGAGUGCCUCAGACACGCCCACCAGUUCUUCACCCUCACACAGAUACCAGAUAAUCCACCAGAAUACCAGAAAUACUACAGACAAAUGAACAAGGGUGGGUUCCCCUUCAGCACGCGGGACUGUGGCUGGAUUGUAGCGGACUGCACGGCGGAGGGGCUGAAGUCGGUGAUGCUGCUGCAGGAGCAGUGUCCCUUCAUCGCUCAGCACAUUCCCCCAGAGCGCCUCUAUGACGCCGUCAACGUGCUGCUGAGCAUGAGAAACCCUGACGGCGGGUUCGCCACGUACGAAACCAAGCGUGGGGGGCGUCUCCUGGAGCUCCUCAACCCCUCUGAGGUGUUUGGUGACAUCAUGAUAGAUUACACGUAUGUGGAGUGCACUUCAGCCGUGAUGCAGGCACUCAAACACUUCCACCAGGUGUUCCCAGAUCACCGGCCACAGGAGAUCAGAUCCACUCUGAGGGACGGGUUGGAGUAUUGCAGGAAGGUGCAGCGUCCUGAUGGAUCAUGGGAAGGGUCCUGGGGAGUGUGCUUCACCUACGGGGUGUGGUUUGGACUGGAGGCAUUUGCAUGUAUGGGCCACACCUUCCAGAACAGGGAGGCGUGCCAGGAGGUGCAGCGCGCCUGCGCGUUCCUCCUGUCCAGGCAGAUGGAGGACGGGGGCUGGGGGGAGGACUUUGAGUCCUGCGAGCAGCGACGCUACGUCCAGAGCGACGGGUCCCAGAUCCACAACACCUGCUGGGCCCUGCUGGGGCUGAUGGCCGCCAGGUAUCCAGAUGUCGAGGUCAUAGAGAAGGGGAUCCAGGUUCUGAUCGACAGGCAGCUGCCCAAUGGAGACUGGCCCCAGGAGAACAUCCCGGGCGUGUUCAACAAGAGCUGCGCCAUCAGCUACACCUCUUACCGGAACGUCUUCCCCAUCUGGACCCUGGGGCGCUUCUCCCGCCUGUUCCCCUCCAGUCCCCUUGCUGAAAAGCUCUGAGAGGUCAGGGGUCACCAGAACUGACCUCUGUCACUGGACUCGUAGAGUAGGGGACGUACCUUUUUGUCUGCCAAUAUUUCCACUGCCCCGCCCUGACUGCGUGCGACAGGUAGCGUGUGCUGCAGUUGAGCCAAGCCAAGGACACGCACCACAGCGCGCCUGGGUUCGGGAGGGUGGAGCUGACGUGUGGGCGGGGCAUGGGAAAACAAGCCCUGUUUUCAGUGCUCAGUGUCUGCAUGGAACCAUGCUCCAGUUGUCAUAUCUUUAACAGGCCACGCUGGAGUGAACAGACCAUCAGCCCAACCGCCGUUAAAAUAAAAUGAAACACAAGCGGGACGUUGUGUGGGCAGCGGCGUCAGCAGCGCUGUAGCAGCAGGUCACAUGACAUGCAGCAGAAAUGCAUGCUGGGCUGCAUUAGUGCAGCUGAUGUGCCGCUCACACGUGCCUUCGAAAAUAUUGCUUAAUAAUGUUAAAUCUCGCAUAGACUUUUUAACUGCUGAGCAAACAGAACAAGUGGCCUAAAAAUGUUGGUGUUUGUAAAAUAUCCUAGAAUCACUGAUUUGUCAUGACUACAUUUUAAUAAUGCAAAAUAAAAUGUGUGUUUUGUAUGCAUUAUCCUAACCACAGAGGUGGACAAUCCAGGGGUCAGAAAGUAAAAGUCCUGCCAUGUAUUUCAUCCACCCCUGAACUCAGCCAGCUGAUUUAGCUCUACCUCCUGGUUGAAGAAUGGUGCUCAUUAGCAAAUCCAGGUGACUGGAACAAAAUCCUGGGAUGAACUUUUACUUUAUGAACCUGGAUUGUCCACCUCUGCCUAACCAUUAUUGUACAAGUUUUUGAAAUCUGUCGCAAUUGCAUUAUGCUAAAACAGACUGAAACAAUGUUGGGUUUUCUCAUUUGCUUUGUGUUUCAACUCUUCUUUUUCCACAAAUGGUUUAGCUUCAGUAACCAUGUGUCCACAUUUUCAGGAUAGACGACCCCGCUGAUUUUAGCUAUAGGUCUGUCAG